AUGGCUUCAAAAAAUGAGUCAAUUGUGAAAGAAUUUAUCCUUCUUGGACUCUCCAGUAAUCCUCAGACACAAAUUAUCCUCUUUGUAGUCUUUUCACUUAUCUACUUAUUCAUUUUAAUUGGCAACUUUCUAUUUAUUGCUGUAUGUAUAACACACAGAAAUCUCCAGACCCCUAUGUAUUUUUUCAUUGCAAACCUUUCCUUGGUGGAUAUAUGCUAUUCAUCAUCCAUUGUUCCAAGAAUGCUCAAAGAUUUUUUAUCAACAAAGAAAAGUAUUUCAUUUCAAGAAUGUGCAACACAAAUGUACAUGGCUCUAUCAUUGGGCGAGGCUGAAUGUAUUCUGCUGGCUAUAAUGGCUUAUGAUCGAUACGUAGCUAUAUGCUAUCCUUUACGUUACACCACAAUUAUUAAUCGAUCCGUCUGUGUGAAGAUAGUAAUUAGUACCUGGAUAUGUGGAUUCCUCAUUGCAAUUCCUCAUGUUGGACUUACAAUGAAGAUAAAGCUUUGUGGAAACAAUAAAAUAAAUCAUUUUGUGUGUGAAUUUCCAGGACUUGUGGCACUGGGGUGUGGUGAUCUUAGCGCCAUUGAAUUAUUUAACUUUGUAGCUUGUGUUGUAGUGCUUACAAUUCCUGUUACUUUUAUAACUACUUCUUAUAUUUUAAUUAUUUCUGCUAUCUUAAAAAUCACCUCCUCGGCUGGAAAGCAAAAAGCCAUAUCAACAUGUGGGUCUCAUCUAACUGCAGUGACUUUAUUUUAUGGUUCCGCUAUGACAACAUAUAUGAAACCAAAGUCAAGCUCUUCAUCACACAGUGACAUGAUAAUUGCUGUCUUUUAUACCAUCAUUACACCAAUGCUGAAUCCUUUAAUUUAUACACUUAGGAAUGAAGAAGUGAAAACAGCCUUGCAGAAAACAAAAUUUCUCAAAAUAAGAUACAUUUUUCCAGCAUCCUUUGGUAUACAAAGAAAACAACUAAGACUGAAAUAG